GAGAGAGCAGAGGGAAGGGAGAUCGGCACAGUGAAGGAGCAGGGCGAGGAGGUUACGGCGCACGUACAGGCUGACUGAAGCUGUGUAGUCUUACGGCACCUGUUCCCAUGUCGAUGUAUAACACGUCUCUGCCGUCCUUUCUCGUCGUUACCCUCACCUUGUCGUUGCUCGGCUCCCUCGCUCUCUGUGCCCUCCCUCCGGGCUACGAAGACGAGUUGCUCUGUCCUGACGGCUCCUGUCUCGCCGCUUCCCCUCCCCCCACCUUCUCAGCCUGGUUGCAGGCCUAAGGAUGAAGCACUCGUCGGACCCGAAGUAUACAGGACCCAGAAGUUCCUUCUAUGAGUGUAUUGAUGUCAAGAGCGCUAAGUUCGUCUGUGCUCCAAGAUCCUGGGGACCGAAAGUGCUGAAGGAAGUGAAAGAUGGUCUUGUUGCUCAAGGUUGGCACAGCAACUUGUGCUCGGACAGUGGUGCCCAGAUUGUCGAGUUUCGCAGAUGAAGGAGUGAGAGUCAACCUGAAACAGCUCAAAUAAAGAAACCUGCUGUCAAGCAUCAUAAAAGUCUGGACGUGUGUCAGAGCUCAUAGGAACCGAGCCCGAGUCAGACAAAGGCCUAUCAGAAAGAAAAGACAGUUGGCUGUCUCGUACUCGUGAUCGAAACCAACCUUUGCCUGGAUAACCCAGGAUACUCUAGUCCAGUGUGAAUCUGCUGAAGAGGACCCCUCUGGACGUCUUUGUUGCUGGAACAAUGUACCCGUUGGUGGCUUUCAAGCUAACAGGGCGGGUUCUCUUCCCUACGAGAGUGCAAGGUUUCCUCUCCAAGUGCUGAUGGGAUGUUCAAAAUCUAAGGGGAGAAGCUUGUCAACCUCCAAGCAGAGGACCCCCCUGCUUCCUUCAGCAAGGAGCACUACCCCUAGUCCAUUCCUUAGCCCAUAUAUAAGAAUCAGCCUCUUCAGCUACAAGGGUCUGUUCUCUAGUAAACUCGACAUCACUAC